UACGAAAAAUCAUCAAAAAUACUAUUUGAUACGUAACACGUAACGGAGUGAUCUAUGAAUAGAUCUUGGACUUCCGCCAUUUUCUGACACGCUUAGUAUUCGUUAUAUACCCACUCAUUCGCGUUUAACAUCCUCGUCGUCCUCGUCGUCGUUGUCGUUGUCGUUGACGUUGAAAUUUUUGUCAUUAACGUUCGAUCGAGAUUGUCUUGUCAUUAUCGUCAAUAGAAAAAUCAUUUUUUUCAUGUGAAUUUUAUAAAAAAAAUUUUUUUUUUCUUUAAAUACACAGCAAUUUUCAAAUAUCAUUUUGAAUAAUCAUAGAAAAGGAAAGAAAACUGGCUGGAUUAACGGUAUGAGAAUGUUUACGAGUGUGUGGUUUUCGAUAGAAACAAAAAUAUUUUUAAGGAUUUUAAUGGAUUAUGAUCGGUCGAAUAAUAUCGAGAUAAAACGGUGAUGCCAAUCAACUCACUCGACGAGCUUAUCGAGCGAGAAAUGACGUCAAAAAGGGAUGUCAUCGAGGAUAUCUGCGGAUGUUCCGCUAUAUCCUCAAUCGUACAAAAGAAAGAUAAUCUUGGACAAUUUAAAUCCACUUCGGCCGCGUUCAUGCACGUACGUGAAAAUCUCGAGGAACUUGGAAAAGUGGCCAACGACACGGAUCUGCUAUUUCUUAAGGGUCUACUCGACAGCCCUGUUGUAAAUUCUCUCGUUAAGGUCCAGGAACGUCUCGAGGAAGCACCGGUCCCUGUGGAACCGGUAUGCUCGUCUGUUUGUGACAUCGUUGACGAGGUUUGCCACGAUCUUCAAUUCUACAGAAACGAAUACGCUCGUGAAUUGGUCGUACUGUUGAGAAACUCCCACUUAAAGGCACUCUUAGAAACUCACGACGCUGUUGUUGAACGUAGAGAAGCAUCACCGAUCUCAGAAACGAUUCAACCUUUAGUCAUGCCUUCCGACGAGAGAACGGAAGUUAUUAGAGUCGUUGGACUCACAAGACAACCCGACGAACCAUUGGGUCUAACAGUGCAAGUAGACGAAUCUGGUAACCUGAUAAUCGCUAGGAUUCUUGGUGGUAGUACAGCAGCAAGACAAAGACUGUUAAGAACAGGCGAGGUUAUUCUGGAAGUAAAUGGAAAGACUGUUCACAAUCCCGACGAAUUGCAACAGGCCAUACAGGAGGCUAAAGAAAAUCUCUUUUUAAAAUUGGCCCCAGGAAUUGCCAAUGAUGGCAGUAGACCACUCAAGUCGACGUGUUACAUGCGAGCCUUGUUCGAUUACGAUCCAUCGGAAGAUACACUUUUACCUUGCAAAGAAAUCGGUUUACGUUUCGACAAAGGUAAUAUCUUGCAAAUAGUAGACCAAGCAGAUCCAAAUUGGUGGCAAGCACGAAGGGUCGAAGGUGAAGGAUUAAGUGCAGCUGGUCUCGUACCAUCCUUGGAAUUGGAAGAACGAAGAAAAGCAUUUGUACCACCCGAAGCAGAUUUCGUUCACAAAAUAAGCAUAUGCGGUACUAGAAUUUCGAAGAAAAAGAAAAGGAAAAUGUAUCAAUCGAAAUCAAACGGUGAAUUUGACAGUGCUGAGUUGUUACUUUAUGAAGAAGUUGCUAGGAUGCCACCGUUUAGGCGUAAAACUUUGGCAUUGGUUGGACCACGUGGGGUUGGUAGACGAACUUUGAAAAAUAGGCUGAUUAAUAGUGAUCGAGAAAAAUUUGGCACGAUCGUACCAUACACAUCACGUCCUCCAAGAGUUCUCGAAGAAGAUGGAAAAAGUUAUUGGUUUACCGAUAGAGAAAGUAUGGAACAAGAUAUCAGAGAACAUCGGUAUUUAGAAUACGGUGAACAUGGUGGUCAUUUAUACGGAACAAAAUUAGAUUCAGUUAGAGAAUUAAUAAGAGCAGGAAAGAUGUGUGUCCUAGAUUGUAGUCCAGCAGCAUUGAAGAUACUUCAUAAUAGUACAGAAUUUAUGCCUUACGUUAUCUUUAUAGCAGCACCAGGAAUGGAACAAUUAAAGAGUUUAUAUGACCUUGGAAGGUCUACAGGAGCAAGCAGUAGAAAUUUGACGUUUGACCGGCAGAGUUCGAUAAGGUACAGCUCGAGGAGGGCCAGAACAUUAGAAUCCCUUGCAUCUUUAUACGAGGAAGACGAUUUAAAAUCAACAUUGGAAGAAUCUGCAGCUUUGCAAAGGGCCUAUGAAAAAUAUAUCGAUUUAGUGAUCGUCAAUGAAGAUUUCGAUCAAACCUUUAGACAAGUUGUUGCAGCGUUAGACGCAUUGGCUACUGAACACCAAUGGGUACCAGUCAAUUGGAUUUAUUAAUUAAAAAUUAUCAACACAGACGUAAACAAAGUUUUCGUCUUUUCGAACAAAAUGUAUCACGAGUCUCGGAUGCAAACACGUUUACGAGUGUGAGAAAGAAUUAAAACUAUUACUGCCGAAUAAUCGCGAUUGUAAAUCGUGAAUUUAAAUAGGCUAUUAUUUAGGUGAAAAAUCGUGCUAAGACGUUUAUACAAUAACGUUUCAACUGUUCGAUAUUCCUUAUCGAAUAUCGUUAAUCGUUUUUAUUAUAAUCGACACGUGAAAAGCCAAAAAUUGUAAAAUCAUUUUUUGUUUUUGUUUUAUUAACCCAUUUAGAUCUGUUCAAACUAAUUGAUUUCGUGAUAUUUUAUAACAUUAUUAUGAAAUCAAGCAUAUUUAUGCCAAAUACUUAAAAUAUGAUACGAGAAAAAGUUGUCUGUGGGGCCUGGAUAUCUCAGUCGAUAAGACAGUUACACCAAAAAGUAAAAAAUUCUGGGUUUUAAAAUCGUCCUAGUUACAAUUACUCCAGCUGUUCAAUUUUUUCACAAUCCUACAAAAUUUUAUUAUUAAUAUAAUUACAAAAUAUUUAAAAUUGAUUAGAAAACAUUAGAUAAAUAAUAAAUAUUUUUGCGAAUUUUAUUAGAAAUCAUGUAUUUCGCAUACAGAAGAUGUACCAAAAGUGGUAAAAAUUUAUUUAGAAAAAGAAAGUAAUUAUUUAUUGAUAUAUAGAAUUACAUUAUUUUAAGAUAUAAUUUUUAAAUUAAAAUGUUGUUAAAAAAGUAUGGGUGCCACGAUUUUUGAGUUUCAAAUAUCUGUCAAAAAUAAUUUCGAAUUUUACAGUCAUAUUAUAAAUACGACUUUUGGGAUAUCCUCUGUAGCUGUAAAAUAAAUUAAUAUAAAUUUUUUUAAACAAAUUACACCUUAUACAAUAGAUCUAAAUGGGUUAAUACGAAAAAUUAUUAUAUAUAGAUUUUAUUAUAUGCGUUAUAAUUAUUUAUGCGAAUAUUAAGUAUUAACGCCUAAAAAUAGACAAUAUAUUUAAAAAUCAUCUAUCAGUUCCAAACAUUUAAUGUAGCUUAUGAUAUCAGCAACGUAUUAAACAUUUAAGCACUAAAAGUACAAGUACGUUGCUAUAUUAUCAUAAAUGAAUUAGGUGUAAUAUUAAAUAUUCCCAUUAAAUAAUUAUAAACUAUAUACGUAUAUAUAAAAGAAACAAACAAACAAACAAUACAUUAAUUAUUCUAUAUCAAUUCCGUGUCAGGAAGAAAACUAAUCGACAUAAUUUUUCAUUUCAACCAAAUCCGAACGUCUCAUGCCGUUUUUUUGUAGGAAGUACAAUCGUAGAAUUGAUGUUAAUUUUUUUUUAAGUUCAUAAACGAGAUUAUUUCGCCAUUAUAUGUAACACAGCAUCUCUACUGUCUUAUAUGUAAAGAUAUUUUCUGUAAGGUUUCUUCUUGAAGUUAUUUUUUUGUUCUCUUUCUUUUUUGUGUUCAUAUAUAUUAAUUUAUAAUAUUUCAAAUUUUAUAUAUAUAUAGAUAAAAUAAUGUCGCAAACAAGCAGGAAUAUAUCCCGGUUUGUUUUAUUUUUUAAUUUAAUUUUGAUCGAUUGGAUCGAUCAAAAAAAUGGAAAACUUAAGAAAAAGCAUUCAAUCGCCGUCCAAUUAUUUUUAAGAUAAUAUACGUUUCGUAUUUUUAAGUUAGAAUCAUCUUUUUCUGUGCAGGAUCACGUAUAUAUACUUUAGAUAUAUAUAUUAUAUUAUAUUGUAUAGAGUGUUUCGUAAUAUGUGGGGCCAACCUCAGAAAUGAAGGAGGGACAAGAAAAUUGUGUCUUAUUUGACUUGGUUUCACAAUUAAAGCCACUUUUGUGUUUCAAUAAUGUCAUUCAAUUGUGUUACUAAAAAUUCAUCAUACCUUAUAUUUUGUUAAUUAACAAAAUGAAACAUUGAACUUUCAAGUACCUUAUGCCAAUAAAUAAUAGUAAUAAUAAUAAUAAAUUUCAAUCAUUUCGGUUUAAUGAAUUUAAUUUCAAAGCUCAAUUUUCUUACUAGAAUUAUUUCAUUAUUUUUUAUUUACUGUGCGUUAAAAGUUACAAGUGCGUAAUUAGAUUUUUAUUUUUGAGGUUAUAGGAAAACAAUUAUAUAUUCAAUAAUAAAUAACUUCAAAGACAUAUGUAAAAAAAAAAAUUGUCAACAGAUUUAACUCGUACCUUGGAAUAUUUUAAAAAUCUUCGAAAUUCAAUGAUACAAUUGCAAGCUUGAAUACAAAUUGAUAAAUGCAGCUUCUAUAAAAAUAAAUUGUUACAAGUUAUUAGAACACAAAAAUGGCUAAAACUUUGAAAUCAAAUAGAAGAGAAUUUUGUUCAAUUGCAUUUUUGUCCCCUUUUCACUUUAGAAGUUGAUUCAACAUAUUACGAAACAUACUUUUUUUUAGAUUGAAAACGAUCACGUUCAUACUUAUAUUUUAUUUUUUAUUGUUUUUGUUCUAAUAGAUAGAUGAUAUAUCAAUUGUAAGAUUUCGUUGAUUUAUUUCAUUUAGUAUUAACAUUAUUAUUAUUAUUAUUAUUAUUAUUAUUAUUAUUAUUAUUAUUAAUAUUAAUAUUAUUUUCUUUCUCUUGUUUUCUAUUAUCCACGAAUCGCCUUCGAUGCUCGUACUUACAUGCAAAAUCAUAAUUCCUGGCAUUGAGUGCCUUAAAAAUAAGCUCAUUCUCUUAUUCAGAGUUUGAUGCAAAGACCUACACUUUGUCGAAGAUUAAAAAAAAAUUAAAAAUAAAAAAUGUCUUAUGUACGGGUUUUUACGUAAGUAUUAUUAAGAUAUUUUCUAACGUGUAGCACACUYACUCACUCACUGGCAUACGUAUACAAAUUGAUUAAAUAAAAAUACAAAUUGUUCACUUGUGUACAAGGAAAUAUUAUAAAAAGAAUUAAUGCAAUGCAUGAUGAUGAUAACGAUGAUGAUGAUGUAUCGAAAAAGGGUGCGAUUUUCAUCGGACCAAAUGAUACAUAAAAUAAAUAAAAUUUAUCAAGUAUUUGUUAUAUAUAUA